ACCGCCCUCCGCGCUCAGUACGAGUAGGCCGAUUGUCGUGUUAGCCUCCGGUAGGGAAAUGGUUGUGCUUUCGGUCCCCGCCGAAGUCACUGUGAUCCUGUUAGAUAUCGAAGGUACCGCAACUCCGAUUGCUUUCGUGAAGGACAUUUUAUUUCCUUACAUCAAAGAAAAUGUUAAAGAUUAUCUGCAGACACAUUGGGAAGAAGAGGAGUGCCAGGAGGACAUCAAUCUUUUGAGGAAACAGGCUGAAGAGGACUCCCACCUGGAUGGAGCUGUUCCUAUCCCUGCUGCAUCUGGGGAUGGGGCAGAUGAACUGCAGCAGAUGAUCCAGGCUGUGGUAGACAACGUCUGCUGGCAGAUGUCUCUGGACCGAAAGACCAUAGCCCUGAAGCAGCUGCAGGGCCACAUGUGGAGGGCAGCAUUCACAGCAGGAUACAUGAAAGCAGAGUUCUUUGAAGACGUAGUUUCAGCAGUCAGGAAAUGGAGAGAAGCUGGAAUGAAGGUGUAUAUCUAUUCUUCAGGGAGUGUCGAGGCACAGAAGCUGUUGUUCAGGCAUUCCACAGAGGGCAACAUCCUAGAGCUUGUUGAUGGUCACUUUGACACCAAGAUUGGACACAAAGUGGAGAGUGAGAGUUACCGAAAGAUUGCGAAUAGCAUUGGGUGUUCAACCAACAACAGCUUGUUUCUGACAGACGUUACUCUAGAGGCAAGUGCUGCUGAGGAAGCAGAUGUGCAUGUAGCUGUCGUGGUGAGGCCUGGCAAUGCAGGAUUAACAGAUGAUGAAAAGACCUACUACAGCCUCAUCACAUCCUUCAGCGAACUGUACCUGCCUUCUUCAACCUAGAGUUGGAUUGCUAAGAAAGACCAAACUGUUCUCACAGUUUGCCCUGUAGUCUAGUUUUAAUCUAAUGGUAAAAGUAACUUACGUAAAAAAUACAUAUAUACACACACAUCUGUAUGCAGUGUAUAUAUGUGUACGUUCAAAUUACCUUCCACAAACAGUUAAGUGGGAAAAAAAUUCGGUACCGUGAAAAG